AUUUAGAACAAGCUGGCCCUGCCCGAAACGGAUGGCCUAUUCGAAGCUCUCUUUUUCGAGGAACAACCGGAAAAGUAAAAUGAAAAGAAAAGGAGGCGCUGUCGUUCUGUGUCUUUGCAUCUCACUCGCUUCUUUCUUUUCGUUCUCUUCUUCGUCUUCCUCACACUAAACUCUAUCUCUCUUAAAUUGACAUUUCCGACACUCUCAGAUCAGGUUUGUCUCUUUCCAUAUAAUAUUACUCUAUCAUUCUCUGUAUUGAAAAUCAGUAAAUUCUUCGAUUUUUCCUAUUAGGGUUUCCCUUACAGAUUUAUGCACUUGUCUCUUUUCUACUUAUGCAAAAUAGAUUAUUUAACCUCUCAAAACUGACAGUGUUUGUUUUCUGUCCAUAGUCGACUAUUUGAGUUCGAUGAUUAGUGAAGCCUAAGUCUUUGUUGAUAUAACUGAUCUUAGAUCGAUUCAACUAUGAGCUUUAGUGGUGCUUGAUCUGAUAAUUAGGACUCGAUUUGAUUCUAGCUUAUGGUUUUCUUUGUUUGUUUUGUUUUAGCUUUUCUUUCUUUCUGAAAGUUCUUAUUCGAAUGCACUUGACUGGUAAACUUAUUUGCUAGCUGGAAGCUAGACAUGCUAAGGAAUAGUUCUAACUCAUGGCUAUUGAUUUUUAAUAGUUUUUUUAGGUAGCGUUAGGCUUUAAAGUGAAAAAAUCUUGAGAAAUGUGAAUGCCUAUUAUGAUGUUAAGAUGUCAAAAUAAGUUGUGUAUUAUUAUUUCUUCCGCGGUGUACCAUGGGAGCAUAUUGUAAUACGGAGUAUUGAAUAGUUCUAUAAACAAUCUAACUAUCAAAUAGGUUGACAUGUUAAAGCUGAUUUGUUGGAACUUAAACAAACAGUCCUAUUUAAUGAUUUUAAUCAAAACCCUUGAGUGUUCAGUUGAACCAUGGCUACAUGAACAAGACUCGGACUUGAAUCAUCAGAGAAGCCUUUUGAAUCCAACUACAGUGGUGAAUUUUAAUCUCCCAUUAUAAUUGUGCAAAGUGUUAUCUUUGCGGUUGGUAUCUAGAAUUUAGAUACGAUGAGUUCUUUGCUAAGCUAGUUAUGUUUUCACUUUAGAGGUGCUUGAUAUUUCACGUUUGCUCCUGUAAAGAUUUGUUAAAUGUGUCACUCUGCCUUAGAAUGGUAUACUGAUGGUUUUUUGUUUUAUUUGAAUCAUUACCUCUUUGGUGUAUUUUCAGUUUUGCAAUUGUAAUACUUGUUGACGUGUGGCUGGUUUCCAUGGAUUAAUAUCCGGACAGGCAUUUUCUAAUGAUGCCCAUUUGUAUUUAAGUUGUGGUUCAUGAUGAUUGCAUUGUGUUUGUUGUUGUGAUGUGACAGGCUGGCUAUAUUGGCCUUUUGGACUUCACUAAUAAAUGCAAAACUCUUGCUGUAACAUAGACAAAAUGAUGCAGUGGUCGAAAAUAAACACUGCAUGAUCUGCAAUGCACUUGCCUCCUAAUUUUUGUUUGCAUCUUACAUGAUCUAUUUAAAUAAAUAAGCCACAACAGUUGAUUCACUGACAAAGCUCUCAUUUCGUGCUUGAUGUAAUCAUGUCUGUCUUACUAAAAAACGAGUCUAUCCAAAUUAGAGAAGUAUGGAGUGAUAAUCUUGAAAAAGAGUUUGCUCUCAUCCGUGAAGUUGUUGAUGAUUAUCCCUUUAUUGCCAUGGACACUGAAUUUCCUGGGGUGGUUCUUCGGCCUGUUGGCAACUUCAAAAAUCUUAGCGAGUAUAACUAUCAGACGUUGAAGGAUAAUGUUGAUAUGUUGAAGUUGAUUCAAUUAGGUCUCACAUUUUCAGAUGAUAAUGGUAACUUGCCUACAUGUGGAACAGACCAGUAUUGCAUUUGGCAGUUUAACUUUCGCGAGUUCGACAUGAGUAAGGAUAUAUUUGCAAAUGACUCUAUUGACCUGUUGAGCCAAUCUGGCAUUGAUUUGAAGAAGAACAAUGAAAUGGGGAUUGAUGCAAGCCGCUUUGGUGAACUGCUAAUGUCAUCUGGUAUUGUCUUGAAUGACAAUGUGCAGUGGGUGACAUUCCAUAGUGGUUAUGACUUUGGUUACCUGCUAAAACUAUUAACCUGCAAGAAUUUGCCUGAUACACAAGCUGGGUUUUUUGACUUGCUGAAUGUGUACUUUCCAAUGGUUUAUGACAUUAAGCACUUGAUGAAGUUCUGCAAUAGCCUCCAUGGCGGGCUGAACAAACUCGCAGAGCUCUUGGAAGUUGAGAGAAUUGGUAUCUGCCAUCAAGCCGGUUCAGAUAGCCUGCUCACCUCUUCCGCAUUCAAAAAGUUAAAAGAAAACUUCUUUAGUGGCUCGACAGAAAAGUAUGCUGGUGUUCUGUAUGGUCUCGGUGUCGAAAAUGGUUCUGACAAUAAAUAGAUUUAAGGUAAUGUGUAGUGUACUUGUGAAGAAAAUAAAAAGGGUAGAAGAGUUCUUGUACGUUGAGUUGUUUAAAACAUGUAUCAUGUGUCUGUAUCACCAAAAUUAGCUGUGAUCAAAAUCUAUGUAAUGACAUUUUGGAUUUCACAAAGAGCAAGCUUCUAAUUUCAUUUAUAAAUUUUUGAUUCAGCAAUUUUUUCCCCUAUCC